CACGUGUGGAGACCACGUCAGGAAGCGAACCGAACUGACGAGAAGCACGGAUCAGCUUCUUAUCUCGGUCCCAGUCAAUGGACGAAAAAGGACCACAACCAUACCGGUAGCAGCAGCACAGCUGUACUGUACUUGCGGAGCGGCCGCAUUUGGGUGGGAACAAAACCUUUUACAAUUCUGUUUCCCUCCGCUUUCUGGAGGAUCUGCUCCUCGAAAACACUUCCUGGAUUCGGCGCCGCGCGGUACGUGUGCUUAAUAAUGGAUUAUCCUGCAUGAGCUCUGGAUCUAAAAUGGACUCUACUGGCCUCCAUGUCUAGGAAGUUCUGGGUGGAUCCUUGUAAUUCCUUGACCAGAAAUUUUCAAUCCUGGCUGACGUACCGGUUUGGUGUGAAGGAAGGAUUGCUUGAAGAGUCACAUGCUAGCUGGUAGGUACGGUAGAACAAGUAGUAGAGUUUGGUCAGACUAAGUGUUGGUCCAGAAGUGGUUCGUCGUGUUGUUGGGUUGGGUGUUGCUCGGAACAGAUGUGGAACCAGCCAGGUGUUGGUCUUGAUGUCGCGUCAGGCUCUUUCUAUGGGUCCUCUGUGAAGGUCCAUGGGCCCUCCUGGAUGGUCCAGGUGUUGGCAACGUAAUGGAGUGGGGCCAGGUUGAUCCGAGGAGCUGCUUCCGUGCCCGUGUGCUACCUGGUACCAGGUACUCCCGUAGUGGCAUCAUGUUCCGGGUUGGGUGUGCUGCGUCGAGCAUGAUUGAAUUCAUUCAAUCAUGAAUGUGACGUAUCCUCUAAUUACCGUAAGUGACCUAAGUGAUUUAAGCAUCCCGUCGCUCCGACCCAAAAGACGAGCGCCUUGUCUAAGUACGAAGCGUCCGGAUGGUUACUUAGGACGACGCGCACGAGUGGAAGCUUGUUAGAUCGCUUUCCAAGUUGAUUGCCUAAGUAAUGACGUAGAGGGCGAAGAUCUUCGAUUGGCCCACAUGAGUGCUCACAAAACUGUCUCAUGUAGCAGAGCCCCCCAAUGAUCCUUGGAGGUCACUGUUGCUAGCUAGUAGUGCUGGUCUGAUGGUUCUGCUGCUUUGCUAGAUGCAGAGCAAGCAGUGAAUGAGGCGAAGGAUAAUUAACAAUGCGGCAAGCAAAUUCAAACGAUGUUCUCUUCUACUCAGUCAGGCAGCAAUAUGAUGACCUUUCACCGAAGGAGCUCGCCGUUCUAGAAGCUCGCAGGGCAACAGUAUUAUCUCUUUCCAGUGAUGAACCUGGAUCAGAUACCCAAACUGAAACUGAGUCUGAUUCUUCCGCAACUCAUUCUACAGCAGCGGAUGGUACUGGCAAUAGUCCUGCAAACUCGUCCGAUAAAUCUCUGAAGCAAUCAAAUUCUUGGAAGUCAGGGUUGCGGGUCCUGGAGCGGCGUCAAAAGGAUCGAGGAGUUUCAGACGCAUCCCUCGACUUGAGUAAUGAAUCUCCCCCACAAACGUCCGCACCAACAUUCGAAGAAGAUGUGUCCAAGGUAUCCGAACUAGGGGACGCAAUCAAUAAGGUACUUCAAAACAUCUCGGAUCCUGAUCAAAUCCUGGGAAUUCCCGUGUCCAGUUCGGAAAAUACUGACACUGAUCAAGAAGAUGAUCAAGAAGACGAAGAAGAAGAGCAGCGAGAACGAGAGAAAGAGGCUGAUAUGGAAGAAGUCGCAAACCUCGAAGUCUCGAAGCAAUUUGCUCGGUUAUCUUCCAAGAAGGGCAAAAGCUUUGACAUGAUUGUUUUCAACGAUGUCAACAAGGCAAGAAGUUCCCAACGUGAAGCAUCUAUGACAGGUGGCACCAAGGGUUCUCAAGAUGGUGGGGAAUCUAUCAAAGGUGAUAAUCGGCGAAAUGGUGGCUACACCACUGCAGAAGACUUGAAAAAGAAGUUUCAAGACGUUCUUGCGGUGGAAAACGAAACGGAGAAGCUAGAGCGGCACAAGAAGGCAAAGCAGGAGGUGGGAGAUCAAAAGGAAGCAAGAGAAGAAGCAAAGGAAGAAGAAAAAGAGAGGGAGAGGGUCCAUGAAUUGACAUCAGAAGUGACAGUCGAUCCACCUGGCACAAGGACAAUUGAAAGCGUUUUGGACAGCAACACAGAGCAGCUAGAAGUCGUCUUCACACCGUCUAGCGAAGGCUCUGUGGGUAUUAGCAGGCGAAACAAGUGGUCGAAGCGAAAAUCCAAGGUCGUUCGCACAAUCACCCGCUAUAAAAGCUCUUUCAAGGCUAGGAUGGUUAAGAACUCUCACCUCCGUCUUUUCAAGGUCAAGGGCACGACGUGGAUAAAGAAGAGGCUGGGAAGAAAAGAAGCAAAAGAAACCUCCUCGCAACCCCUUCAUCAACGUAUGCGAGCAUCACUGAACGUCAAGAUGCCAAAGCUGUCGAAAAAACGAUUAAAACAAGGAUACCGAAAGGUUGCCAACGAGUUGCAGGUAACCGCCAGGAGAUCUGUGCGUAGAAUACCACAGCUGAACGUGAGCACCAUCGCUAGGAGAUCCAUUGCUCCGUUCAGCGCCUCCGUCGUCCGAACGGCACGACAAUGCAAGAUGGGUGCCUCGGGAGUCAUCUCUAGUCUUCGUCGUUCUGGAAUAGCUGAAAAGGACGAAGAUGUUGAAGAUGUAUAUGCGAUCAUGCCAGACAUAGUGCCACCAGAUAUUCCGGAUAUGCAAGGGAGCACGCGAACAGGAGCCGACUCCAAACUUCCAAAGGAAUCUCAGACUGACGAUCUUGUCUAUAGCGUAGGCGAGACAGCCAGUCAAGACACAAUGGCAGAUCAAACACAUUCUAGUGGUCAUCGGGAAUCUCUAAUAAUUGCUGACAAUGGUGAGAUUGAAACGUCUGUCCCAAAGGAAAAAAUGACAGAGUCCGACGUCACCGAAAACGCUGCUGCAGGGAUCGACAAAGUGUUGGGCGAGGAUGAGAAAGCUUCACCGUCUGGUAAUUUGCAGACAAAUGACAACGAUGGUGUCACGCCGACGAUUAUCGUGCGUCAACACAAUUCAGGUGGUGAGGAUAUCCCCUCUCCAGGAAUCAACGACAACCACAACGGCGGCUUCUAUACGUUGCAUGACGAUCCCGACCCCACCGCUGAAACAAACGACAACGAGGAUGCAGAGGAUUUGUCGAUGGCAGCACAAUCCGAGGAAAAGACUGAAGCAACGCCAAUUUCUUCCGCUUCUGUAGAGCGGCCUUUAGGCGACAAAGAUUACGAAGAGCUUGACUUGGACGAAAGCGUGGAGCUGGUGGACUUCGGGGGCAAGCAAAAACGAGCUGGCCAAGAUAUCAACAGAAGGCCUCAUGGGAUGGAUUCAAAAGAAAGCGAUCGGCGCGAGCCAGCACCCAAGGAGCUAACCAGAACCUCGACUCCCAAGAUUGUUGAGCGUUUUGAUCAAGACAAACCAAAACAAAGCACCAGUUCCUCUGAGGAAGGAAAUCCUGAAGGUUUCAUUGAGAUUGUAAAGGGUGACACUCCGGUCGAAGCAACAGCUGGGAACAGUGGGGCAACACAAGGACUGGUUGUCCCGCCAGCUAGCAAGAAACUUUCGAAAUGGAGAAAGUCCUUGCUGGCAAAGACAGGAAGCAGCCGCGCCAACCGACAUGUCAUCGAAGCUCCACCACUGAGUCGAGACUUCGACGAACCCGCUGCAAACGGCAAACCUAGCGCAAGCGAUACGCAGCGCCCACGGCGCGGGAGCAAACAAUUGAUGAAGUUGAUAUCGUCGGACAUUCCAGAUCCUCCGAAUCCGAUUUCCGCCAAGAAUCUCGUUCAAUCUCGAUCACGACGCACCCCUCCAAUUCCAUAUUCCAGAAACGUCCACGAAUCUCAUGCAGCAAGAAUCAAAACAAGCUUUUCAGACAGUGGCAUUCUACCGACAAAACGAAACAAAGCAAUGAGCCAUGAAGGGAAUAAAAUCAGGGAAGAUAGUACGCGAUUAUUGCCUGAGGUCAUGCCCCCAUCUCCGGCAACCGGUUCCCACAACACAAACAAAGGAGACAAAAGGCUCUCCUCGUCCAUUGUGGCCACAGACGACGCUGGAGUGGAGAUGAUUGCCAACGGUCAAGACGGAGGUGAUGACGCGAAUGAGAGAGAACACGAUGAAAGGAACAACGCGACAAAGAAAAAGAGGAGCUCCAUCAAAGCAAGGACUAUUGGCUUCCUGAAGCCUAAGAAGAGAGUCAGCUAUCUCCAAGACGAAAGUGGGAACACUGAGAAAUUACUAAGAGACGACGUCUCUCCUGUAAGUGACGAAGAGCCAAUCGAAGAGCCCACUGAAACGACGCCCCCGAUGGAAGAGCAUUCUGCCGCGUCGGCAGGACAGCACUCUGAUGAUCUUGAAUCAUUGACGGCAGUCGAAAUCAAGUCAAUGCAGUCUUCGGAUAUAGAAGAAACUCUCCCGGACAUGGAUGACGACACGCAGAUGCCGAUGGGCUAUCUUUUUGACUUUUCUCGGUUCAUUUGCUCUGAUUUUCCUGGCCUUUUUUCAGCCCCUAAUGAAGAUCCGGAACUUAUGCCUAACUGUUCUGAUGCUGAUACCCAUACCGGUAGUGUCGAAAGCAGGGCCACGUCUACCGCAAAUACGACGAGAUCAUCUUCUUUUGUGUCCCCUGCGAAGACGAGGCGACCAGGGAAAUAUCCCAUUGUGCUUCUAGAUGAAAAAAAUGACGACACGACAUGCGAGGAAUUCAGUCGCGAAAACGACGACGCUGAAUCUGUGCUGAGUUCCCCAGCAUUGUUCAACCAGUUCUUUGCAUUUCAAGAGUGCCAUGGUGUAUGUGCUCUAAACCAACCCAAUGAUGCUCGCUUUGAUUCGGAUUCAGACGGUUCAUCCGAUGAGAGUUCAGUCGACCUUGGCAAGAUUGAGCAUGAAGACUACUCGAGCACCUUCUUUGAUUCUGGAUCCAAUAGGACCCCCGCCAGGAGGUCUGUAGAAUCUGAGGACAACAUUCCCAGCAAAUGGAUCCAGUUCCGAGAUAGGCUGGACCCAGUGGACGAGACAAUCCCAGCACCUCCUCCCCCUGAAGCCCCCGAAGAAAAGAAGAAACCGAAGCGUGGGGUGAAGAAAAGAUUGCUCAGUCUGGUUAAACGGCAGAAAAAGGCAGAAAAGGUGAAUGCCAGGAAUCAAGAUGACGAAAACCCCAUCUCCGGCUCUGGGAGACACGUACCUAGCUUUGUAUCGAUGCUAUCCGACGACCCAUCGACUGGCACCGGUACAAGGUCAAACAACAGUGAUGUGUUCUCAGGGGUGACCUCGAAUGCUUCCCCAUUAUCAUCCCAAAAGUGAGCUCUAAGGAAUGUUUGUAACGUUAUCUUCUCUGCUCUACUAGCUAGCUACUAGCUAGCUACUAGCUAGUAUGCUCCGGUACUGUGGGGCAGGUUGAGUCCAGGUAUUUAGGUGUAGUA